CACCCAGGUGCAAGACUCCCAGUGCCAGGACUGGGUGACAAGAUUUUCCUGGCCAGGAGCCUUGGGACUCACGAGCCAGAAGCCAUGCUGCUGUGGCUGACCCUCACCCUCCUAUGGAGUACCACCUGCUGGGCACAGCAGAUGUAUGGGAAUGGAGGAGGAACGUAUUUCAGUACCCCUGUAGACGAAGAAAAUGACAUAACUGGGAUUCGGGUGUCUGUGGGCCCUAUAGGCAUAUUUAAGAGUAUCCAGGUGAAACAUGGAUCCAACUGGAGCGAGAUAUAUGGGGUCGCAGGCGGGAAAAUGCAGGAGUUCCUCCUGUGGCCGAGAGAACACGUUAUAGGGGUGUACGGCAUGCACAGAGUUUACCUCCGGUACCUGGUCAUAUACACCGACAUCGGGCGCUGGGCUGCCUUUGGGAAAGAGGAUGGCCGCAGCUUCGUCGUCUACCCCGAGCAGCCCGAAAAGGUGCUCACAGGACUCUUUGGCCAGUAUCAGGGUCUCGGCGUCACGGGCCUUGGUUUUAAGUGGGAUAAUCCUCAAGAAGAGCUUGACACUGAGCCACCAGAACAGAAGACGGGAAGUUGAGUGCUCCUGGGUCCCCAGGGAUGGGGAGUGGGGUCACCUUGCUGAGGACGUCUGGCUAGUGGCGGGCUGACGGCACUGAGGUGGGACCCUGAAUUGGAAUCCAAUAAAUGAAGCUUCUGCAAGAACAGUG